UUUGACAGUCUGAGUGACAGCAAGACUAUUUCUGUACUUUAACAUACUCGGCAGUGAGUAAGAAGAUUUUUAACAUUGAUUUUGGUCUUACAUGUACCUGGGAUAGUAAUUAAAACAUGAACUUAUGAUUAAUAAAUGAUCAUUCAAGUUAAAUGUAAAGAUGAUUUUGUGGGCUUUUCUUCUACUGAGCUUGGCUUUUUGCCCCGUAUCACCAAUGCCUUCAUCAACUGUUACUGAUGUUGACGAGGAAUGGAAGGACAUUCCUGAUAUAAACAAAGGUUUACAUCUUAAAGAGGGAGACAUCAUGGUGGUGAGUUCUAGUACCCUGGCAAGUUUCUAUAUUAGGACAGAUAUUAUCAACACACACCCACACCCACACACACACACACUUCCUGCUGAUAAUCACUGCAUAUUAUCUGCUUUAAAGUCAAGGCAAAGGAGUUCAGUUUUGGAUAAACAACUCAGAUGGGAAAUCCCUGUCCCCUAUGUACUGAGUGCUGAUCUGAGUAUGGACUCUAGAGGAGUUAUACUGAGAGCUUUUGAGCAGUUCAGACUGAAAUCAUGUAUUGACUUUAAGCUCAGGACGACAGAAGAUUUUUACAUUUCCGUGGAGAAGCGUGAGGGGUGUUGGUCAUAUAUCGGGCGGGUUUCCCCGGGUCAGAGUCUUUCCAUUGGAAAUGGCUGUGGCAUCAUAGGCAUUGUUGAGCAUGAGUUUCUUCACGCACUGGGAUUUUUCCAUGAACAGUCAAGAUAUGACAGAGAUGAUUAUGUGACAAUAAAAUUUGAAAACAUCCUAUCAGGGUAUGAGAGAAAUUUUGAUAAAUACAGUGAGAAUACAACAAGCAUCCAAGGCACACCGUAUGACUACACGUCUGUGAUGCAUUAUAAUAAAAAUACCUUCAGCAAUGGUAACGGAUCCACAAUUGUCACCAGACGUCCUGAGUUUGAGAAUGUGAUUGGUCAGCGUCUGGACAUGAGUGAAUAUGAUGCUGUUGAGCUCAACACACUCUACAAAUGCAAUUCAUCUACGUCUUUCCUUGACCACUGUAGUUUUGAUGACGAGUCUCAGUGUAAGAUGAGUGUUUGUUCUACAUCUGAACAUGGAUGGCAGAGAGUGAGUUCAGUGAGUGAUGUCAAUGUCACUGACCACACCUACUGUUCAAAUGGGACCUCUUUCUUCAUGCACUUCAAUGCAGUGGGGAGAAAGGAGGGCGACUCGGCUCGACUGGAGAGCAGAGAAAUGACCCCGACAAGAAAUUGCAAAGUUCAGUGCCUGCAGUUCUAUUACUAUCACAGUGCCAAUGAGAAUGAUCAACUCAACAUCUGGAUCAGGGAAUACCGUGAUGCUGCAGACAGCAGAGGAACUUUGAGACUCAUGGGCCAGAUCACAGGACGCCCUAAUAAAUACUGGCAGCUGCACCACGUGCCACUAAAUGCAAAUAAAACCUUCCAGGUCUUAUUUGAAACCAGUAAAGGAGCUGGAAACUCCAGUGGAGGUUUCUCAUUGGAUGAUAUCAAUAUUUCACAGACGGAGUGUCCUCACAUAUGGCAGAUAAGGGACUUUGAGAAGCUCAUGAACGACACACCAACUGGUUCUGAGAUAUACAGUCCAUUGUAUUACUCUAGUGAUGGUUAUCGCUAUCAGGUGUUCUUGAGGAAUGAUGUGACUUACUUUUCAACGUAUGUUCGUCUGGUCUCUGGUGAGUUUGAUGAUCAGCUGCAGUGGCCUUGUCCAUGGAGACAAGUGACCUUCCAGGUGCUUGACCAGAAUCCACACAUGCAGAGACGCAUGUCCUAUGAGAAGAGCAUCACCACUGACCCAACUUUGGUUACUGAAGGUGGCACGUAUUUCUGGAACAACCCUCGAAUCAAUGGAACUCAAACCAUUAUUGGCAACGAAUCUGUAUUUGUAACAAGUGGAUGGGGCAAUCAGUAUUUCAUGUACAAAGAUGAGCUCCCUAAAAGAGACUUUCUCAAGGGUGGUGACAUCAUAUUUCUCUUCAGCAUGCAAGAUCUCUCAUGGCUGCUUCAGAAUAAAUCUGUACCCUGUCCAAAUGUGAAAGUGAAGCAUAUGAACGCUACGGUUAAUGAAAGUGUCAGUCAGGGUCCAUGUGUUUUGAGGGCUCUUACCACCCCUCAGCCAAUCAUUACAACCUUACCGGGACCCAUUGACCAUGACUGUCUGGACAUUUUCUGUUGUUCCAGCUCCAAGACUCUUCGGUCCUCUCUGAUACUCUUAGUGGUUUUGUUUCUGUUGCUGCUGAAUUAAUCAUGAGAAAUAACAGUUACAUAAUUUCACAAAAAAUGUAAUUCAAGCACUAGAUUCAUGUUAAGCCCGCUGUUAUUUCUGGUGUAUGAUCAAUGUGUAUUUUUUUUACAUGAGCUACAGUAUAUACAGCAAUCAUCAUGUUCAUCUUAACCCUAAACCUUACAUGCUUAAAUCUGAAUAUUCCUUUAAUUGAAAUCAUUGCCUAAAUCCUCAAAGCAAGUUAUCAUUUUGCUCAAUUUAAAAUGUGUUUGAAUUUUAAUGCAAAAGAACAAGGAUGCAGAUUACAGAGAUUAAAGCAUGUGCCAUUUUUACUGUAAAACCUAAUGUCUGUAUCAUUAAAGGAAAUAAACAUGCUACUCCAAUCUACACUGCAGGGGUGGCACCACCACUCUAAAAGUGGUGGGGCAAAUUUGGAUACUUUAAUAAAAUGCGAGCUAUCACUUUAAACUAAAUAGCAUGUGGCACAACAAAUGCAGGCAGAACACACAUCAAAUAAAUUAAUUUUAUUAAAGUUUUUUUUAAUUAAUAUAUUGAAUGUGAUGGUUUCAUUAUAAAUAUGGUGGUUAUUUCUAAGGUGGACACCCACCCUAAUAUAUGAUAUUCAUCUAAAUCUAUCCAUGUCAACAAAUGGAAAUGACAGCCAGCUGUUUAUUAUAAUGUUCAUUUACACACGACACGAUA